AUGAAUGAGAAUAAUAUCUCUCCUUUUAAUUCUUUCAUUCCACUACGUGGUUGUUCAAUCGACAUUCAUCCAAAUGCUCAAUGGAAACAAAAUAGUCUCACUGUAGCUGGAGGAAAUGGGCAGGACAAUGGAUUCAAUCAACUCUCGAACCCAUGCGGUUUGUAUGUUGAUGAUGAUCAAACUGUCUAUGUCGUUGACCGACCCAAUCACUGUAUUAUGGAAUGGAAAUCGGAUGUGAAGAGCGGCGAAGUGGUUGCAAGUGGAAAUGAAAAAGGACGUGAGGCUCGUCAAUUGUCUCAACCAUUUGAUGUGAUUGUUGACAAAGAGAGAGAUAGUCUCAUCAUCUCGAACAUCGAUUGUUUGGGUUUGACAAUGAACGAGAAUGGAUCUCUCUAUGUCGUUGACGUUGCAAAAGUUGAAGUGAGACGAUAUCGAAGAGUAGAAUAUCAAGGAACAGUGGUUGCAGGUGACAAUGGACGUGGAGAUCGUCUCGAUCAACUCUCUGGUCCAACAUACGUUUUCCUCGAUCGAGAUCAUUCAGUGUACGUAUCUGAUUGGGAAAAUCAUCGUGUGAUGAAAUGGAUGGAAGGUGCGAAAGAAAGUAUUAUCGUGGCUGAUGAUCAAUGGCGAGGAAAUGGUCUUACACAAUUGUCAAAUCCUGGAGGAGUCAUUAUCGAUCAAUUGGGCACUGUCUAUGUGGCUGACUGA